CGUCCGCGAGCGUACGGGUCGCGGCGGCCGCUGCGCGGGGAGUCCCUCGCGGCUCGGCCCGUGGCGGGCGAUGCCACCGAACACUCUGGCGUUCGCGCUUGUUAAGUUCUUUGAGCGUCUCUGAGAGACCGGAGGCCGUGUGCCAUCUUGCCAACGUUUCCUUCGUUUGCCGCCGCGCCGCCGCUCCCUCAGCACUUCAGUGGCGCGGGAGGCCUCUACAGGGGCCUGGGGCUCGGCUGCCCUCGAGGCUCCCUGCCCUUCGGCCACUGCGGCCGACUCAGGGCGCUUCUCGGUCCGGCCCGCCGAGGAGGCGCGCUUUCCAGACAGGCAGCGCCUUGGCCACCUGGCAGGGCUGGGUCGCCUAGCAACGGCGGGGUCCUUCCUGGCUCGGCGGCGCUCCGGGCCUGAGGGGAGAAAGCCGCUGCGGAGGGCGCUGGGGGCCGGCGGCGGCGCAAGAGGCGGCAACGGGACGGCGGCGCGAGGUUGGCGCGCCCCGGGAUCCGGCCUCUGCACUUGAGGGGAGAUGAGCUCGGCUGACAAGGCCCGGGUGGGGCUCGCGGCCGACGGGCCUGCGCCGCCCGAGGAGGAGGAGGGCGAGGGGGGCGGCGAGGCGGGCGGGAAGGAGCCGGCUGCAGACGCGGCCCCCGGGCCCAGUGCCGCGUUCCGCUUCCUGGUGACUCGGCGGGAGCCGGCCGUGAAGCUGCAGUAUGCGGUGAGCGGCUUAGAGCCGCUGGCCUGGUCCGAGGACCACCGCGUGUCCGUGUCCACGGCCCGCAGCAUCGCCGUGCUGGAGCUCAUCUGCGACGUGCACAACCCGGGCCAGGACCUGGUUAUCCACCGCACCUCGGUGCCCGCUCCUCUCAACAGCUGCCUCCUCAAAGUUGGCUCUAAAGCAGAAGUUGCUGAGUGUAAGGAGAAGUUUGCCACAUCGAAAGACCCCACAGUCAGUCAGACUUUCAUGUUGGAUAGGGUGUUCAACCCUGAGGGGAAAGCUUUGCCGCCGAUGAGGGGAUUCAAAUAUACUAGCUGGUCCCCCAUGGGUUGUGAUGCAAAUGGCAGGUGCCUCUUGGCGGCACUGACCAUGGACAAUCGCCUGACCAUCCAGGCUAACCUCAACAGACUCCAGUGGGUCCAGCUGGUCGAUCUGACAGAGAUUUAUGGAGAACGUCUUUACGAGACCAGUUACAGACUCUCUAAAAAUGAGGCUCCGGAAGGGAAUCUCGGGGACUUCGCGGAGUUUCAGAGGAGACACAGCAUGCAGACUCCGGUCAGGAUGGAGUGGUCGGGCAUCUGCACCACUCAGCAGGUCAAGCAUAACAACGAGUGCCGGGACGUAGGCAGCGUGCUCCUGGCGGUCCUCUUUGAGAACGGCGACAUUGCCGUGUGGCAGUUUCAGUUGCCCUUUGUAGGGAAGGAGUCCAUCUCUUCGUGCAACACGAUCGAGUCCGGAAUCAACUCUCCCAGUGUUUUGUUUUGGUGGGAAUAUGAGCACAAUAAUCGGAAAAUGAGCGGCCUUAUCGUGGGGAGUGCUUUUGGACCUGUAAAAAUCCUGCCCGUCAAUCUCAAAGCAGUUAAAGGCUAUUUCACUCUAAGGCAGCCUGUUGUCUUGUGGAAAGAGAUGGACCAGUUGCCAGUGCACAGCAUUAAAUGUGUCCCGCUCUAUCACCCUUACCAGAAGUGUAGUUGUAGCUUGGUGGUGGCAGCAAGAGGAUCCUAUGUGUUUUGGUGUCUUCUUCUGAUCUCCAAAGCAGGCCUCAACGUUCACAAUUCCCACGUCACAGGCCUUCACUCGCUGCCGAUCGUCUCCAUGACUGCGGACAAGCAGAACGGGACGGUGUAUACUUGUUCCAGUGACGGGAAGGUGAGGCAGCUGAUUCCCAUUUUCACAGAUGUGGCGCUAAAGUUUGAACACCAGCUAAUUAAACUCUCGGAUGUGUUUGGCUCCGUGAGGACGCACGGGAUAGCGGUGAGCCCCUGCGGCGCGUACCUGGCCGUCAUUACGACCGAGGGCAUGGUCAACGGCCUCCACCCCGUUAACAAAAACUACCAGGUCCAGUUCGUUACUCUCAAAACCUUUGAGGAGGCAGCUGCUCAGCUCCUGGAGUCUUCUGUUCAGAAUCUCUUCAAGCAGGUUGAUUUAAUAGAUCUGGUUCGCUGGAAGAUUUUAAAAGAUAAACACAUCCCGCAGUUUUUACAAGAAGCUUUGGAAAAAAAGAUCGAAAGCAGUGGGGCCACGUAUUUUUGGCGUUUCAAACUGUUCCUCUUGAGGAUUUUGUAUCAGUCGAUGCAGAAAACCCCUUCAGAAGCAUUAUGGAAACCGUCCCACGAGGACUCCAAAAUCUUACUCGUUGACUCCCCUGGGAUGGGCAAUGCCGAGGAGGAACAAGAGGAAGGCACUUCCAGACAGGCCAGUAGGCAGGGCCUUCAGGAGAGGAGCAGAGAGGGCGAUCCCGAGGACCCCAUCGACGACUCACUGACCCCAUCUGGAGACGCCGGGGGCCGGGAGCCGAUGGAAGAGAAGCUCCUGGAGAUCCAAGGGAAGAUCGAAGGCGUGGAAAUGCACUUGACCAGGGAGCACAUGAAGCGGGUCUUAGGAGAAGUGUACUUGCACACCUGGAUCACAGAGAACACGAGCAUCCCCACCAGGGGCCUCUGCAACUUUCUGAUGUCUGACGAGGAGUACGAUGACCGCACGGCACGGGUGCUGAUUGGACACAUCUCAAAGAAGAUGAACAAACAGACCUUCCCUGAGCACUGUAGUUUGUGUAAAGAGAUCUUGCCAUUCACAGAUCGCAAACAGGCAGUCUGCUCCAAUGGCCACAUCUGGCUCCGGUGCUUCUUAACCUACCAGUCCUGCCAGAGUCUGAUCUACAGAAGGUGUUUGCUCCAUGACAGCAUCGCCCGCCACCCAGCUCCAGAAGAUCCUGACUGGAUUAAGAGGUUACUGCAAAGCCCUUGCCCUUUCUGCGAUUCUCCCGUCUUCUGAACGUCAGCGGUGGGAAGAUGGGAAGGGCACAUACUCUGUUACAGAAAAUGCCCUCUGGCCUGAAGACGUAGGACGCGCUGGCUGAUCCCGGCCUUCGGGUGGCGAGGCUCUCUCUCUCCAGGAGUGUAGAUAGGGCCCUGGGAACUCAUUUCUGAAGCACGGUCUCUGUCUCCGGGGACUAAGGGAUUUCUUUGAAACAACUGAAUGCAGAGAUUUUAAGUCAUUCUGAGAUGAACAUUAGCCCCCCGCCUCCUCACCAGUGAGGAACACUUAUUUUUCAAGUGUUUUGACUGAAGCAGUUUGAACCACAAGAAUGCCCUAUCAUCUCUGGGAACAGAACGAUCUCUUCUAGAGAGUUGGGGUAAGGGCCUCGCUGGACCAAGUUGGGCUUAACGCUUGCCUUAGUGCCGAGCCGCUGCUCCAGAGAGCUUAAGCGCGCGGUGCAUGGUACGCGGUAUCCCGGCACACGUUAAAAGUGUCGGAAACAGCACAGGGUCCUGAUGCUUUGUUCCGAACAAACAGCCACAGAUCUGUAUCCCGAGGAUUCCUGUUUCUCAUGCAUAUGGAAACCAUUCUCAUAGAACUGGAUUUUUAAGAGGUUGAAGCCAAGACUAAAGUUGGCUUUAAUGUGUCAAAAGAUCAGGUGAUUCUCCUAAGUUAAUAAUUGUGACUUAUUUUUAGUGAGCUCCCAUGUUAGCAGGUUUCCUGUCCUUUGUCCUUAAUGUGUAAAGGACAUCUGGUAUUCCCGUUCACCCGUGACCCCUCCCUGCUUCAGACUGACUGUCACAGCCUACGUGAGAUUUUUGUACAUAGAAGAAAAAGAAUAUUUUCUCCUUAAAUCUUGGAGUGUUUUUAAUGUUGACAUGUCCAGACGUUUCAUUUAUAUCCAGUAUGAGAACGUGCAGUCCAUCUAAAGACUUCCAGGAAACUUCCAGAGAGCAGUGGGCAGCCCAGACGUGCUCUGGUGCCACAGGUGUGUGCGGCUCCGUUGACGGGAGCCUGGGGCUUUCUCCUCAGUAUAAAGGUCCUUGGUAUUUGUAAUACUGGUAUUUUCCUCUGGGCUGUUAAGAGGAACUGUUAGACAUCAAUUGGCCUUAAAGUCCAAAACUAAAGAUGGACAUUCAGAAAUUACAGUGUUGCCAGAUUACAAAGUAAGUGUCCUAGGGAUCGGUGCUAUUCAACAGGACUGCGAUGCCCACAGCUCGAGAUGGUGCACGUUUCUGGGAAGUUGGAUAGGAAACACAAAACGUGAAAUUGCCACUUCUGUCCCAUGCUGUCUGGCCUUUAUUCUGACAUUUAUUCCUGCCUUUCUUGUGAUCGCUCAGAGAAAGACAUCUUGGCCUCGCUUCAGAAACACCUGCUGUUUGGACGAGAUGCCCCCGGACGCCCCCCACACCACUGCAUUCUCGCCCCUCCGCUCGCGCGUUGAGAGCCAAGAGCCCUUCAGAGGCGCUUCCAGUCUGCUUUGAAAUGUCUUUGGCUUCCUGUUCUAAUCUUGCUUUGUCUCCUGUGUUCAAAUCUGUAUUUUCUGGAGUCUUCUGCUUAUCCUUCUCCUCUUGGUGACUUCAAGAAUAGUGUUGAUCCAGAUGCCAGUGUCUGGCACGUUAAGUUGGUUUUCAGGAAAGGAUCGGGCGGCAUUAAGGUCAUGGGUGGGUGACGCAGCUCAGAAGGCGGUGUGGCCGUGGUCGUUUGUGCCUGUAGCUGUUUGACAUGACAGCAAAUGGGAGGGUAAAAAUUGAGAUCGUGUCAAGGAAUUAUUGCAAUUUUCAUAAUCAUGGGAUGCUUAGUCUCGCAUAUUUUUGGUUCCAACCAGGGUCAGUGUUCAAUUUGUUCCAAUUGGGGACUUAUGUGCCGCUGCCAUUUAAAACUUACAUUAAGUUUUCAUUUAAAACAGUUGUACAUUUGGGGGGAAUUUAACUCUUGGGAGUUAACUAGAAGGGUCUCCCAAAUUAUUUUGUAUGUCUAUGUAGGAAUAAACAUGGCAACUGUUGGGCUAGAACCUGGCUUGUCUCUGCGCGGGACUAGGCCUGGGGGCAUUCUUCAGAUUCUGAGACCCACCCGGCCCCUGCUCGGCCCGCGUUUCUGCGUGGAGCUGGGCGGUCUCCCCCUCUUCCAGCCCCGCCCCCUCAGCCACGGAGGCUGGCGUGAGCUCGUGGCGGCAUCACCAACGCAGUCCGCUUCCGACUUCACAAAGAGCCAGAGCACCUGAUGACAGAGCGCCGGUCGGUGGGACCUUGAGAACGCAGGGGUGACCCCUGGAAUCUUCCGGCUCAUUAUCUCUCGCGGCUUAAACUUGUCAUGCCCUCUGUGCUUCCUCACAUCUGCCUGAUCUGGCUGGGCGGGAGCUGAAAAGGCGGCAAGAUGAUGCCCGCCUCCUGACGCGGUACAGGCGGAGCCCGUCCAGGUGAGCCGCCGUAACUGGGCCGGGGAGGUUCAUUUAAAGUUCGGCACUCUAAAUCUUGUCCGUUUCCAUGGUAAAAAUCUGCUUCCCUCGCCGUCACGACAUCCCGUUACUCUCGCAGAAAGAUCCCGUAAGGUGGUCAGGCUGGACCCCGGAAGAGGUGGCAAAAUGGCUACGAGACGCUUUUGUGCUUUAUCGGUUUUACGUUUGGCGACCAGACUGCUGGGGUGUCACGCGCUUUGGUCUGGGUGCUAAUGCAAAAUUAAAAGCAAAAAUGGGUUAUUAUGGCUUCUUCAGGACUUUGACUCAGAUUUGUACUUUACGAAAGGAACAUGAAUAUCAAACCUGUUUAUACAGAAACAAGACCGCAUAGAAAAAUUAGUGUGUUGUGUAUAGUGAUACAUAGUUUAUGUUUACCCAAUGCCUGUGCUAAUCUUCGUGCUCAGCUUUGAAUUAUAUGUAUGUUCACAUAGGACUUUUUUUUUUUUUUUUUUUUUUUUUUUUUUUUUUAAUGAAAAGAACAGGUAUCUAAAAAUCUUAAGGUUAGAGAGAGAGAGUUUCUCAGUGCUUACCAUCUGGUUGGGUGGUGUGUUUUCGACUUUUGGCAUUUAAAGGAAACUUUAAGAACAGGAACACCUCUGGCCUGGAAUACCCCGCAUCCAGAAAAAUUGGUUGCUUCUCUGCACUGUAUAUAUGUACAUAGUGUUCAUGAUUAGAUUGUAAGCUCCUCAAGGGCAGGGACUGUCUGCUUCAUCUUGGUAGUUCCUGCAGCACCUAAUGUCAAGUGCCUUGCACGGAGUAGGUGCUCCUGAUGCGUAGAAUGAGUCACUUCCUGCCACCUUCAAGACGGAGCAUGGUUCCCUUUUUCCAGCGCGUUCAAAACUGCAAAGACUGCCGACCCGAAGAGGGCCAGAGUCCCGCUUGGGUUCGAACUGGGCUUCCUGGGUUGAACCAGGCCACGCCACAUCAUCAGCACUCGUUCGCUGCCUUUUCCUGAAGAUCAUAUCCCAGUGUCCUGAGCUUUUAUUUAAUACUAGGGCAAAGGUUGCUGGGACAAGUUUGAAGUGGAGAAGAGUGGAGAAAAAACAAAGAGGUUGUGGAGGGUGUGUUGUCGGCAUACAGCCCUGCGGGGCAGUCUUUCUGUAGUCACUGCUGAAGAAGGAAAACCUAACAGGUACUCGUUUCCUUUACCGGUCAGCUGGUUGGCCGGUUUUCCAGUUAAUGAAAGAUGGUUGGUUUUUAGCUUUUUCCCACUUUGGACGCCCCUCAGUUGCUUGUAUGCUUCUAGUAAAGUUGCUGUGAAUAUCCGGUGCUGUACAUAACGGCAGUUUUGUAAAUGUGGAACGACCUCGAACAUGUGGUGUUUUGUAUGCAGAGCCGCAGUAUUAUCUUGGCCACUUUUUUAUUCAAAAUAAAUAAAUAACAGAAUUGUUUGUA